AAAGCGCGCGUGACGCCACGGCCGACACGAGCCCGGCGCCGAGAGGCGGCAGCGACCCGUCUUUGGCUUCUCGGAAGAUCGUCCGUCAGAGAUUCAUCAGGAGAAGCCUGUGGUUCUCGGACGCGGACGAGCGGGCCUCGGAGUCGCCCCAACGUGACGGCCGGCUCCUGAACGGAAAGCCGCCAACGGCCGCGGGCGGGACGCCGGGCGCCAGCGGCGGCGUCCGGGAGGACUCCGGCGCCGAGAGUCCAGCCGGGCAAAAAGACGAUGCCGGCGAAAGUGGCAGAACGGAGGAGUCAAAGGGCGAAAGCGGAGGGGAUGCACUCGACGCGACGUGCGGCGAUGGCGCGAAAAUCCCCGUCAAGGCGGCCAGCGAGGAGACGGAGGAAGAGGCGGAGAUGAAGGCCGUCUCCACCUCCCCGGGAGGACGCUUCCUGAAAUUCGACAUUGAGCUCGGCAGGGGCUCCUUCAAGACCGUCUACAAGGGUCUGGACACCGAAACCUGGGUGGAGGUGGCCUGGUGCGAGCUGCAGGACCGGAAGCUGUCAAAAGUGGAACGUCAGCGCUUCAAGGAAGAGGCGGAGAUGCUGAAAGGCCUCCAGCAUCCAAACAUCGUCCGCUUUUACGACUUUUGGGAGUCGCCGCUCAAAGGAAAGAAGUGCAUCGUUUUGGUGACGGAGCUGAUGACAUCGGGGACGUUAAAAACCUAUCUGAAGCGGUUUAAGGUGAUGAAGCCCAAGGUGCUCAGGAGCUGGUGCCGGCAGAUCCUGAAAGGCCUUCACUUUCUCCACACCAGAACCCCCCCCAUCAUCCACAGGGACCUCAAGUGCGACAACAUUUUCAUCACCGGCCCGACGGGUUCAGUCAAGAUCGGCGAUUUAGGGCUGGCCACGCUGAAGGCCGCCUCCUUCGCAAAGAGCGUCAUCGGCACCCCAGAGUUCAUGGCCCCAGAGAUGUACGAGGAGCACUACGACGAAGCCGUGGACGUCUACGCCUUCGGCAUGUGUAUGCUGGAAAUGGCCACCUCGGAAUAUCCCUACUCGGAAUGUCAGAAUGCUGCGCAGAUUUAUCGCAAAGUUACAAGCGGAGUCAAGCCAGCCAGUUACAACAAGGUCAUGGAUCCUGAAGUUAAAGAAAUUAUUGGGGAGUGCAUCUGCCAAAAGAGAGAAGAGCGGUACGCCAUCAAAGACCUCCUGAACCACGCCUUCUUUGCCGAGGACACGGGGGUGAGGGUGGAGCUUGCCGAGGAGGACGACGGGCAAAAGACCUCCAUCGCCCUCAAACUGUGGGUGGAGGACCACAAGAAAUUGAAAGGGAAAUAUAAGGAGAGUGGCGCCAUCGAGUUCACCUUUGACCUGGAGAAGGAAGUCCCUGAGGUGGUGGCGCAAGAGAUGGUGGAGUCCGGAUUCUUCCACGACAGUGACGCGAAGACUCCCCUUUGCCGGAGCCGCGAGCGGACGCCGAGCGGCGCGACCGACCCGCUACCCCGCCAGCCAGUUCCACCUCGAUCCAUUGCGCUGGUGUUCGGCGCCAAAAAGGCGCCGAUGACCGCAGAAUUUUGUCGCUCGUCAGACGAGCCAGACGGCACUCUGGACAGCGGCAAGGGCUCCACCGUUUACUCGGACUCCCACAGCAGCCAGCAGGGCGGCCUCUAUCGGUCCCUGCUGGAGCCCGUCGCCAUGGCGACACAGCAGACAAUUUGCGUUCAGCAGCCACUCGCCGAAGCCGAUGUCCAACGGCAGCCGCUGCGCGUUUCCCCCCCGCUCCCGCCAGCGGCGCCGCCGUCUCAGUUGUUUGGCAGCCACCCGGACCUUGUUCAGAUGAAGCCCCUCGCGCAGGCCUCACACGUGUCCGCACCCGCGCAGAAUAACUCGGACCAGGACGCGGUCGUGGCGGCGGGCCAAUCGGGAAAGAAGGACCAGUCUGUCGAAAAACACACCGGCGGACAAAGCCACGAGAGCGUCACCUCCGACGCCACGUCGGGGAAGGAGAUGAGCGACGGCUGCGAGGGGACGCACGGAGCGAAAGGCCAGGCUCGAAUCCGCAAACACCACCGCAGGUCAACGCGCACUCGCUCUCGCCAAGAGAAGAUCAACAGGCCGAAGCUCAGCAUGCUAAACGUGUGCGACACGGGCGACAAGAUGGUGGAGUGCCGACUGGAAACGCACAAUCACAAAAUGGUCACCUUUAAAUUUGACCUGGAUGGGGACGCGCCUGAAGAGAUCGCAACGUACAUGGUGGAGAAUGAUUUUAUCCUGCACUUCGAGAAAGAAGUGUUCAUUGAGCAGCUCAAGGACAUCGUCGACAAGGCUGAGGAAUUGUUGAGCGAGGACACAGAGGCGGAGGAGAGAAAUUCCGACCCAGCAAGCAGUCCCACGAGCGAAGGACCUGGCACGAUGCUUGCGGAGGGACUGAAGUCUUGUGCCCCCGGCGCGCCGCAGCUCGUCUACCAACAAAACGUCCUCCACACCGGCAAGCGCUGGUUUAUAGUCUGCCCGGUGGCUGAGGUGCCGCUCCGAGACCAAGACGAGGCUCCGCGUCGCAGCUCAACCCACCGCGAAUGUGAAAAGUCUGUCUCACUGUCAGUCGAAGCCGCCACCGACGCGCCGGCUGCUCUUCCGUCUUUGUCUUCGCAAGGCGCGGGUCGAGACAAAACGAAGGCAAAGUGCGCGGGCCUCCCCGCCGAAGACGCGAUCGUAAGCGACGUUCCAUGCUGCGCUUUGGUGCCGCCGGUCUCGUUGGAUGCGAAGACCGCCGACGGGGCGGAGGUACGGACCAGUCAUUCAAUCGAUCCGAAGGCCGCUCCGACCGCAGAGCGCGGCGCUCGGCCGUCGGUGGUCCUCCAGCAACCCUACCCGGCGGCGCCGCUGGCCUCCCAGCCCCAGAGUCCUGCGCAUCAGACUUCGGCCCCCUUCGGUCAGGGGGAGUCGGACGGCGAGGGCCCGCGCCGCUUGGAGUUCGCCGAUCGCACCAUCAAGACUUUGGACGAGAAGCUGAGGAAUCUGCUUUACCAGGAGCACGCGCACUCGCAGCCUUCCGGCGCCGGGGCCGACCCGACAGCCGCCGCGGACGACCGGAGCGGCGGCCAGGCGCGGCCGACCAAGAAACGGGAGGAGCUAUUGCCUCAGAUUCCCGAAAGCCCAGACGGUGCGGCCGUUUUGGCGGCCGCCGAGAGGAAUUCGAACGGAGGAGGCGUGACCGUCGGCGCCGGUUCGCGCCACUCAAAAAGCGCUUUUCAAAUAACAGCCACGGCACCAGAUGUGGAAAAAAGCGAGAGCGGCUGCGGCGCGGCCCCCGGCUGUUCUCGAGGCUCCCGCGACGGGCCGGGUCGAAAUAAGAAGGGCUGCGCGACGGCCGGCAGACCGGAAAGUCCAGGCGCGUCCGGACCCCGUCGUAGUCAGCGCUCGUCCGCCCCGCCGAACCUCUACCGGGCCAGCGCCGCGUCCGGCCGCGACAUCGCUCGGCACCGUUUGCCCCGAGCCGUGACCAUGGACGCUCCGAGCCGCUGCCGCCCGGACACCGCGGAAGAGGUCGGUGCCGGCGGAGCUUUUCCGGCGGGGCGCCUCCGAGCCCCGGCCGAGCGCGGCGGGAGCGAGCUGGUCAAGAGGGCGGUGGCCUUCCUCAAGCGCUCCGGUCGGAGUAAAAGCGAGCAGAGCUCCGAUUCGCUGAGCCGACGGCCAUUGGAAAUGAACGGCCACGCCCCUUCGCCUGCGCCGGGACGCGCGCCCACUUCCUACAUCAGUAGCGAUAAUGACUCUGAAUUGGAGGACGCGGACAUGAGGAAAGAACUUCAGAAGCUGAGAGAAAAGCACAUGAAGGAGAUAUCGGAACUGCAGGCCUUCCAGAGAAGUGAAAUUGAGCGUCUGUACCAAGAGGUGGGAAAAUCGCUGCCCCCCAACGUGGGCCUGCCUCACGCCGCGCCUCCCUGCGGCCGCCGACGCAGGGCCAGUAAACACAAAGUCAAGGCUGGAAAAUUGCUCAAUCCGAUGGUGCAGCAGCUCAAAAGCGAUCUCGGCGCCGCCGCGGCCCAGAGAAAAGGGGAAAGUUCAGGAAGUUCCUCGGGAUCCCCCGCCAAGAGUUCGGCGCCGUCGGACUGCUGCGGCGGCUCCAGCGGGCGGCGGAGCGCGAGCCCCGAGCGGGUCCACACCCGCCAACCCCGUUCCUUCAAAGGCUCUUUCUCCUCAGACAACAUCGACGCGGGCCAACACGCUGACGGGACGACAAACUUGACGUGCCAAGGCUGGACGGUUUACCACCAAACGUCGGAGAGAGUCACCUUUAAAUCGAGUAGCAAACCACGCACUAGAUUCCUCAGUGGACCCGUGUCUCUGUCCAUCUGUUCGUAUUCGUUCCUUCCUCUCCUUCAUUGCCACAAUCUUGAUUUUAAGCUGCCGCACCGUGACGUCCGCCUUUCGUUUAUAGAAGCGACGUGCCGGCACAAUAUCGGUCGGUCAAGCAAAGUCACACAACAGCGUUGGCAAUUUUCGGAAGUCGCCGCAUACUCGAGGCAUGAUUCGAUGCCCCGCCCAUUUUGGAGAAACCCCACGUCCGCCUUUUGGUCGUGAGAAUACGGUGAAAUAGCGAUCCCACCAACGCCGGCGGGCUCAGUCUCAAACACGUUUGCGUGUCGCGUGCAUGUCGAAACCUUGAUCCGCACUCGAUUUGUCGUCAUUCACUCUUCCUUUAAGUGAGACGCGACUCACAAAAACCUGGGGACAUUUCAGGAUAAGCUUCAAAUGCACGAUGACCUUGACAGGUGAACUUUGACCUUCUCUCAACUCAAUGUACGGAUGAUUUUCAGCUCUCAAAACGUUGCUCUGAACGCGGGGCAGUUGCUCAUGUGCGUUCCGGACGUCCGAUGGAGUGGAGCCGUCGAGGUUGUUUUGCAUUUUGGGUUUGUCUUAAAACGUCACACAAAGGCAGACGCUUGUCCCGAGCGAGCUUUUUGUGAGUCGCCUGUCAAAUUGGCCCGUCGGAGGCACUUCGCCGUAGCCCGUGGACGCCGAGGCAAAGCUCCGCCCUCCUCUGCUUUGGUGUCGGAGAAGAGGGCGAGCGCCCGCUGGCGUUUGGACGGAGGGGACGCCGCGGCGCCGGACGGUCUCGGCGGGCCUCUGCCGCGCCAAACCAAGAGCUCUGUCGUCACGGUUGCUUGAUGGUUUGGAU